AUGGAGGAUAAAGUUCUUGGAGAUCCGAGACCAUAUCAAAGGCUGGUUGGAAGGCUGUUGUAUCUUACAAUGACCAGACCAGAUUUAGCAUUUGCAGUUCAAGUCCUAAGCCAAUAUAUGCACACACCUAAACAGUCUCAUUGGGAGGCAGCACUCAGAGUAGUGAAGUAUAUCAAAGAAGCACCAGGUCUUGGACUGUUGAUGCCAUCAGGAACCACAAAUGAGCUAGUUGCAUAUUGUGACUCUGAUUGGGGUGGAUGCUUGGAAUCUAGGAGAUCAGUAACUGGAUAUCUAGUAAAGUUGGGUGAAGCCUUGAUUUCUUGGAAGUCAAAAAAACAAGAAACUGUAUCAAAGAGUUUCUGCGAAGCAGAAUUCGAAGCAUGGCCUCAUGUGCGGCGAAGUAACUUGGCUAGUUUGAAUACUAAAAGAGCUAGGAGUUCAAAUUGA